AUGAAAUUUGAAGUGGGUAAUGGGGGUUUGGGGUGGAAUGAUGAAGACAAGGCCAUGGUUGCGGCAGUUUUGGGCUCUAGGGCUUUAGAUUACUUGAUUUCGAGCUCGGUUGUAGCCGAAUGCUUGCUUAUGGCAAUGGGGAAUGAUGAGAAUUUGCAGAAUAAGCUAUCAGAUCUUGUGGACAACCCAAACGCGGUCAAUUUUAGUUGGAAUUAUGCGAUUUUUUGGCAAAUUUCCCGCUCGAGAUCCGGUGAUUUGGUUCUAGGAUGGGGAGAUGGGUCUUGUAGAGAGCCAAAGGAGGGAGAGGAGACGGAAGUGACUCGAAUACUCAAUCUUCGACUCGAAGAUGAGACCCAACAGAGGAUGAGGAAAAGGGUACUUCAUAAACUGCAAACCAAAUUUGGGGGAUCAGAUGAGGAUAGUUUUGCUUUUGGACUAGAUAGGGUCACAGAUACUGAAAUGUUCUUUCUUGCAUCGAUGUAUUUUUCCUUCCCUCGGGGUGAAGGCGGCCCCGGAAAGUGUUUUGCAUCUGGGAAGCAUAUGUGGCUCUCGGAUGCUUUGAAGUCAUCAGCUGAUUACUGCGUCAGAUCAUUUCUGGCAAAGUCUGCUGGUAUUCAAACUAUUGUUCUGAUCCCAACUGAUAUUGGAGUUGUUGAAUUGGGAUCAGUGAGAUCCAUACCUGAGAGCUUAGAUCUGAUGCAGUCAUUGAGAUCAUCAUUUUCAGCGUUUUCAUCGCACAUCCAGGCCAAGCCAAUGGUAACCUUGCCAGUGAUAACCGACAAGAAAGAUGGAAAUGCAGAUUUCUCAAGUCUGGGUAUUUGCGAGCGACCAAAUGGAAGUCCAAAGAUUUUCGGGCAGAAUUUGAACUCUAGUCGUCCCCAAUUUAGGGAAAAACUUGCUGUUAGGAAGCCAGAUGAGAGGUCAUGGGAAGUGCAUUCAAAUGGGAACAGGCUUCCAUUAACAAACACUCGAAAUGGUCUUUAUGGUUUAAAUUGGGCACAGUUCAAUAAUGGAAAGAAGGGGGGCGCGGUAGAGAUUUACAGUCCUCAGACCCCUUCAAACAAUCUACACGAACCCAUAAAUGGGGUUAGGGAUGAAUUCCGGCUUAACAAUUUUCAGCCUCAAAGGCCAGCACAAAUGCAGAUUGAUUUUACAGGGGCCACUUCCAGGCCUAUCAUUGCCCUUGGGGUUGAGUCUGAGCAUUCAGAUGUUGAGGCUUCUUGCAAAGAAGGCCGAACAGGCCUGCCCGAUGAGAAGAGGCCUCGGAAGCGUGGCCGAAAGCCUGCUAAUGGAAGAGAAGAGCCCCUCAAUCAUGUGGAGGCAGAGAGGCAGCGGCGAGAAAAGUUGAACCAACGGUUCUAUGCAUUGAGAGCUGUUGUGCCAAAUAUUUCAAAGAUGGACAAAGCCUCACUGUUGGGAGAUGCGAUUGCUUACAUCACUGAUCUUCAGAAGAAGCUCAAGGACAUGGAAUCAGAGAGGGAAAGGCUCGGAUGCACUUCAAAAGAUGCAUUGGAUUUGGAAGCUAAAUCAAAUCCUGAAAGUCAAAGCCAUGUUCCAGAUAUCGAAAUUCAAGCGGUUCAUGAUGAACUUGUAGUAAGAGUGAGCUGCCCAUUGGAUGCUCAUCCCAUAUCAAGAGUCAUCCAAGCUUUCAACGAGGCACAGAUCAAUAUUGUUGAGUCCAAACUUGGUGCAGGGAAUGACACAGUGUUUCACACAUUUGUCAUCAAGUCUCAAGAAUCAGAGCAAGUGACGAAGGAAAAGUUGAUGGCGGCAUUUUCCCGUGAAUCCAACUCCUAG